AUGUCCGACUUCUAUAGCUCGGAAGAAAUCUCGGCUGCCCUCAAACAGAUCAAACACGACGUCAAUCUCCUAAAGAUUGAUGUUAAUUUCGAUACACCACGUGGUCCUAAAAAGAAAGACAAAAAAGACAAACUACGCGAGACCAUUCGCUAUUUAGGGCUAGUCCGCGAAAAAAAUUAUCAACAGAGCUUCCUACAUACCUACUCGGUAGCAGCAGGACAAAAACACGCCUCGUACAGCUCGGAUGCAUCAUUUUCCAAGAUCGUUCAUCCAGCUUCGUCCGUAAUCAACACACCACCAUCUGAUGAAACCUCGAAGCAGGGAACCCAAUCGCUGGUGGAUCUCAACGUUGAAGCUGCUCCUGCUCAUUCUUCACUUUCAACUCCUAACAAUAACAUCAAUAAAAACAACUCUAAUUCCAGUUCCAAACAACCUGGGUCCUUCAAAUUAUCUGCAGCUCCUUUGCCUCCCAAAAAAAUUGUUUUUGGGGUAGGUAAAUUGAAAAGCUGCGUCAAAGAAGAGAUCCUUGAACAUCUGGAAACUAUUGGACUGACCGCUGCAGAAUGCGUACCAAACCUCCUAGAUUCAUUCACCAGACAGUCAUCCUACUACACCACAAGAGAUCUACUCAACAUUCUAGAAGCCAAGUACAUCAACAAUCAUGAUCACCCUCUACCUCUACUUCACAUAAACAGCAGAAAGACAUGGCUGAAUGACGAAACCGCUAAACUAGUUCGUAUGAAUGAUUACAAUUUUGUUUUUAAAAAUAGGUCUGGCAGAAUAGGUGGUGGAGUCGGAAUCUUCAUCAGAUCAGGCAUUGAAUUUUCUAUGAUAAACAAUUUGCUUCUGGACGACACCCAGUAUAUAGACCCCCCAACACUGACCCUAAUAUCUUAA